UAUAUUUAUUGCCUUUUAUUGUUAUCGUGUACCAGAAAAAAUACGGCGACUUGUUUCAUGAAGCGACUAAAUAUAAGAAAGCUGCUCGUUCUGAGGGUUGUAUUCAAAUAUUCAUCUUCUCCAAGCAGCACAAGAUGUCUUCAUAUGGGUGAAUAUUUCACUCAUGGACGCUUGAGUGAGAUCGAGCUACAGACACCGGUGCCCUUGGCUGGAAGGAAAUAUUUAGCAAGUUCAACAUCACCCGGCUUUCCGAAAUAUCUUUCAGGACCAAAAGAUGACUUUCCAAUGUUGGUUAAAGCGAAGAAAGGUCAGGAGACUAGUAUGAAACACUGGGCAUUGAGAUCAAGAGAGAUUAUUGAUCAGGCAUAUCAAAGAUACGAGAAAGAUGGUACAGCAGUCGCUUUAUUGUUCCGUGGUCUUCCAAACUGGAGUGGAAAGGAUUUCUCAGAAUGGGUUAACAAUUUGGGUUUUGAACCAUUUUCCUACGUUGGGGGAACAGGUGUGAGAAAUGAAAUUGAACUCAACGUUGACGAGGGAGCCCAGGAGAAAAACACUUUCAAUAUUGAAACUCAUAAUGAAAUGGCUUACUCCAAGAACUUCCCCAAGAUAUUCACAAUAAGUUGUUUCAAGAAACCUCACUGGGGUGGAGAAACUGCAAUCUGCGACAAUAGAGAUUUUUUCCUGAAGUUGGAUCCCAACUUUGUUAAAAAAUGCAAAGAUAAAAAAAUCCGUUACUGGAAUUGUCUUCACAGCGAAGAUAGCGACAAAAAUCUUUACCAAAGUUGGCAGAUGCGUUUUAGAACCAAGGAAAAAGACGAAGUUCACGAGUUUUUAAAAUCUAGGAAAUAUAAUUUUUUCUGGGAAGAAAACACGUUGUUUUUCUGGAUUAAUAUAUCACCGACUGUGAAGCACGCGAAAAGUGGCGAAGAAUUGUGGUUCAAUCAGAUUUCAAUAGGACACUGCACUUAUUUUGUUGACUCUCUACAAUACGAGGGCCUGCCGAAAAUGCCGAACAAAGAGUACCCGACUCACACCACGUACGGUGAUGGAGAGGAAUUUACAUCGCAAGAAAUUGACAAUUACAGACGUUGUAAGUGGGAAAAUGCUGUUGCAUUUGACUGGCAAAACGGCGAUAUUCUUUUUCUUGAUCAGAUGAUUGUUCAGCAUUCCAGAUUAAGUUUUGAGGGGGAAAGGAAAGUUGGUAUAAGCAUGCUGGACUACUAGUAGUGAUUACCUGCUUGGAUAUUACAAUAAUAUAUUAUAAUAAUCUGCUUAGAUAUUUGAUCAGAAUUUAAGUUUAUCAGUAUUGAUUUUCAAAUAGCUCAAACCAAUUGGAAAAAUUAACACCGGAUAUAACUCAUAUUAAGAGAGAUAUUAUUAUAUGUGGUAGGAAACCUUAAGCAAAACUUUCUCGGUUGCAGCAACAGAUAUAUCUAGACACACCUGUACAUAACCAAUAUUUUUGAUCGACAAUAUCUUGCGAAGUAAGAAAGAUAAACAAAUUUUGUAAAAGGCUCUAUAAGAAGUGUAAAUUUUCUUUUCAACAAAACAGAAACAAUUUUUAUUCCCAUAUCCCUUUAUCAUACAUAUACAUAGAAAGUUACAAACAAAGUUAAGUUAUAUAGGAAAUGCAUUUACGAACAACAGUUUGACCUUAAAGAACGACACUGUUUUCCAAGCUCUAGGCCGGUCUACAUCGAAGGUAUUGAUCAUUUUGUUCGAAUAAUAAACAUAUAUAGUUUAGAUUUCAAUACGGAGUCUGAAGAGUUGUAUGCUUGACAACAAACCGUCAUGCAAACGUCGAGGAAUUCGCGAGUUCAUUGCACGAGAAAAAAACAAGUAAUAAUGCUAUCAAUUAUUAAACAAAAGGUCGUUAAGACGUAUAGAGUGGCGCCUUACCAAGCAAUAGCUGAAAA